UUUUUUUUUUUUUGUUUAUAAAUAUACGAAUCACAUUUUUAACACCCUAAAUAUGAAAGAUGUCACAAUAUAGUAAAGUUCUGCUAGAAGCAAGUCUUUAAACUUCUCGAAUCCGUUAUUUAGGCGGUGUUUUCAGCGGAUAAGAAAAGGAAAAACAACUGCAUGUGUCGCGCUCAAAACUAACAAAAACCGGACUUUGUCCCACGAUAAGUCUUUUGUUUCUUUUUCUUUUUUUUUUUUAAACACUAGGAAAAAAUCAGGCUUAUUUAAGUGCAGUAGUAGUAAAUAUGUUAUAUGUGGAAGGGACCUUGGUGUUGUCUGUGCUUGUGAAGGAGCUCCCGCUGUUAUACUACAAAACAUGUCUGCUGGCUCUCUAAAACAGGCUACACUUAAAUGUGCCGAAAUAAAAUGCUUCAACUUUAUACUCUAAUUUCUAAAAUGUAAAUAAAGCCGUAAUUGCUGUAAAUCUUAAUCAAAUUCGUCCUCUUUUUCGCCUCAGCUGCCGUUCUCACUUAGGAUUGGUCGGUGGAUGAUCACAUGAGCCUCAAACUAGAAACCAAUAGAAAGCCUCAGAAGCGCCACGAGACCGCGUGUUUCAGGAAGUCGGGACAUGCAGUUUGAGAUGCUGGCGAUGCAGUGUUUGAAACAGCCUUGAGCGGGAUUUUAUGAGGCAGGAGACGCUGACAUGCGUGUCUACAUUAUUGUCGCUGCUGUGUUUUGGUGUGGUUAUGUGGACUCGCGGAAAGUAAGAGGAAUAUCCUCGUCCUAUAAAAGGUUCUACAGAGAGAGGAAGUCGUUUCUGUGCAUAGAUGGGUCGAGAAUGAUCCCAUUUGAGCAGGUGAACGACGACUACUGCGACUGUGAAGAUGGCUCAGAUGAACCAGGCACUUCAGCCUGUCCUCGUGGCCGAUUCUACUGCACCAAUCUGGGUUUUCGCCCGCACUACAUCCCAUCAUCCAGAGUCAAUGAUGGUAUCUGUGAUUGCUGCGAUGCUUCCGAUGAAUACAACAGCCACGCUCGCUGCCAGAACACUUGCUGGAAUCUAGGACAGAGAGAGAGGGCGUACGUGGAGGGCCAGAUGAGGACCUUGGAUGAAGGUUUGCGACUCAAGCAGCAGCUGAUUGAGGAGGGAGUGCUACUCUGGAGGGAGAAACAGGCCCAGCUCAGAGAGCUCCAGCAGGUGGCUGAAGACCUGCAGGUCAAGUUGGAGGAACACAGGAGGAAAAAACACGAAGCCGACCGACUCAAAGAGCAAACGUUAAAGGCACUGGAAGCAGGGGACGGUGGUCUCAUCAGACAUCAGAACAGCUCCGUUACCAGCAUUUUCCAUUUAUUGGACAGCAAUAAAGAUGGCAGUUUGACAGUGGAUGAAAUCAAGGCUAAAGUGGUGCUUGUCCACGAUGAGCAGCGUGUUCUCUCUGAGGAUGAAGCACUGGCUUUGUUGGACAGAGGUCACAGGAUGGAUCUCUCCAAGUUUCAGAGCACACUCUGGGACGUCCUGACGAGAGGCGACACUGUCAAAAUCAAAGACACGCAGGGCGCUCCAGGCAGUCUUUCCAGUGAAGAUCCUCACUUAAAGGCAGCUGACAGAGCUGCAGAGUGGGAGGCGACCAAUCUGAAGAAAGUGGAAGAAGCUUAUGAGACAGUCAACAUGGAAAUAAGUGACUUGCAGAAGAAGUUGGCCAUAGACUACGGAACAGACUGGGAAUUUCUGUUUUUGAACGGCCAGUGUUACAAGCUGAAAGUAUAUGAGUAUACUUAUACCCUGUGCCCAUUCAAUCAAGUUACACAAAAGAGCACGGCAGGAGUAGAGGUCUCAUUAGGGAUGUGGGGGAUGUGGACAGGAAAGCCAAAGAACCACUACAGUCAGAUGGUCUAUGAGAAUGGAGAGCCCUGCUGGCAAGGAGGUUCACGCAGUACUACAGUCACACUGACAUGCGGAACGGAGACAGCCUUGCGAUCAGUGAAAGAGCCCAGCAAAUGCCAGUACAUCAUGGACUUUCAGACUCCUGUGGCCUGUCAGCCGGUGCUAAAGCAGCAGGGUAUACACAGUGAACUGUGACCCAUUCCCUUACUGGCCUAGCCCAGAAUAACUUGGACCCCGUCCUCUCUUCUGCUAGCCCGCGGUGACAGGCUGGGGUCCUGAGGGUCCCCUCUGACAUCUGUGUUGUCAGAACAUAUAUACUUCCAAGGCAGUCUGGCUAAGGUCAGAGUCUGGUUUUCAGUAACCACUUUAGUUUCCAUUGAUUGUUACAGUGCUGCUUUCUUGCUGUUACACUUUAAUAUCUAAAUAGAGCAUUUACUGAAUGAUUUAGUUAACGCAACGUGUUCAACAUUACUGUGUAUUCCCUGUAAGUGUUUGCACUCAAUGCUCAGCAAUAAGCAAUAUUACUGUGUAAAUAAUGGGAGAAAGUGAAACCCAAUCUAUUGUAGGGUCUAAACACAUUUCUGCUAAUGUAAUUGCCAUUUUAAAUAACUGCUCAGUAAUAUGCACAAAUAAAAGGACUGUGUCCUUGCUCUUCA